CCAUCAGAGUCCCUCCCUACAUCAGGGUCCGCAUCAGAGUCCCUCCUUACAUCAGGGUCCCCAUCAGAGUCCCCCCUUACAUCAGGGUCCCCAUCAGAGUCCUUCCUUACAUCAGGGUCCCCAUCAGAGUUCCUCCUUACAUCAGGGUCCCCAUCAGAGUUCCUCCUUACAUCAGGGUCCCCAUCACAGUCCCUCUUUACAUCAGGGUCCCCAUCAGAGUCCCUCCUUACAUCAGGGGUCCCCAUCAGAGUCCCUCCUUACAUCAGGGUCCCCAUCAGAGUCCCCCUUACAUCAGGGUCCCCAUCAGAGUCCCUCCUUACAUCAGGGUCGCCAUCAGUGUCCCUCCUUACAUCAGGGUCCCCAUCAGUGUCCCUCCUUACAUCAGAGUCCCCAUCAGAGUCCCCCCUUACAUCAGGGUCCCCAUCACAGUCCCUCUUUACAUCAGGGUCCCCAUCAGAGUCCCUCCUUACAUCAGGGUCCCCAUCACAGUCCCCCUUACAUCAAUGUCCCCAUCAGAGUCCCCCUUACAUC